AUGCUGGUGGGCGCCAGGCUCCAGCGGCGGCGGCGGCAGCUGCAGGAGCAGCCCCGGCGGCGGCAUCCUCUCCUCUGGCCGAUGAAUGCAGACCCGCCGCCGCCGCCGCCGCCGCCCUGGGUUUGGAUGGUUCCUGGCUCGGCCGGGCUGCUCCGGCUGGGCGCCGGGGUCGCGCCCCCGCCCGUGCUGCUCGCCUCGGCGCAGCCCCCCGCCGGCCCGCUGCUCCCGGGGCUGCCCGGCUGGCAAGCCCCCGGCGAGCCCCUGCUGCCGCUGCUGCCGCUGCCCUCUGCGCCAGACCACGCCGCCGUGCACCACUACCCCUUGCUCCACGGGCAGUGGCUGUGCGGUGGCCAUUCUCCAUCCAUAGGACUGUCUCCCUCUUCCGCUGUGGAGUUGGUACCCAUUUUCCCACACGUCUGCCCAUCUGCUCUUCCACCUCCUGUUGGGAAAAGUUGGAUAGAAAAAAGGAUACCUAAUUGUAAGAUAUUUUUUAAUAAUUCCUUUGCUCUGGACUCAAUGUGGAUAUAUCCUGAGGAGUCAAGGUUGUUCCAUGGGCAUGAAAAGCCUCAUUUGUUGGCAAAUCAAGUCGCUCUGUCUCUGUCCAGACCAGCUCCUGCCUCCAGGCCUCUUCCCACUGUGCUGUUAGCACCUCAGCCAAUACCAGGUGGUUGUCACAACAGCCUGAAGCCUGUUGGCAGUAGCCCCGGGAUUGCCAUCACUGCUGCGGCCGCCAUGGUGUCUGUGGACCCUGAGGGACUUGGGGGCCCAUCCCCCUCCAGCGUGCAGCCCUGCCACUUCCUGACGUUGGCACCCAUCACGAUACCCCUGAGGACCGCCCCCUUCUCUGAUAAAAGCAGAGAGUGCAGCCGAGCGCCCUGCCCUCCCGCCCUCAUGCUUCACGCCGACAGGAAGAGCCCGGCCGGGGACGGGGCAGAGAAGGAGCCUCCAUCGAUACUAGUCACAAGAGAGGACAGUGCGGCCGAGGGAGACAGACCCGUGGCCUCCACCCCGGUGCCCGGAUCCCCCUGGUGUGUGGUCUGGACGGGCGAUGACCGGGUUUUCUUCUUCAACCCGACGAUGCAGCUGUCCGUGUGGGAGAAGCCCGUGGACCUGAAAAACCGCGGGGACCUCAACAGGAUCAUCGAGGACCCACCCCACAAGCGCAAGCUGGAGGCGCCAACACCCGACCACAGUGACGGGUCACAGUCUGAGGACGGCAGGGCAGAACGCGACCUGAAGACCAAGAGGAACAGGACGGAAGGCCAUGUGAGUCCUGGGCCGGAGGAGGCAGAAGGACAGGACAAUGGUACCAGGCCGCCGCCGCCCCAGAUCCUCCUGCCGCUGGAGGAGCGGGCGACCCACUUCCGAGACAUGCUGCUGGAGCGAGGGGUGUCAGCAUUUUCUACCUGGGAGAAAGAAUUACAUAAAAUCGUGUUUGAUCCACGCUACCUCCUGCUAAACUCUGAGGAGCGGAAACAGAUAUUUGAACAGUUUGUCAAGACAAGGAUAAAAGAAGAGUACAAGGAAAAGAAAAGCAAACUGCUGCUAGCCAAAGAAGAAUUCAAAAAACUUUUGGAGGAAUCUAAAGUGUCACCCAGGACCACAUUUAAGGAGUUUGCGGAGAAGUACGGCCGGGAUCAGAGGUUUCGACUUGUUCAAAAAAAGAAGGACCAGGAGCAUUUUUUCAACCAAUUCAUCCUUAUUCUUAAGAAACGGGACAAGGAGAACAGACUCAGGCUACGGAAAAUGAGAUGA